GCGGACGCCGCAACGCCGAGGGUCCGCCUCUCCCCCUCGCCCAGCCCGUACCCCUCCGCCGGAGGAACGCUAGCACGGAGGAGCAGGGGGAGUCGAAGAGGCGGUCGUGCUGGAGAGCUCCACGGGCUCCGAUCGACGUGGGGAGCCAGGCCACAGCGCCGCGCUGCUCUUCCAGCCUCUGCCUAGCCAUCUCUUCUGGCAAUGUCCCACAGCAGGCAUCGCGCCGAGGCCCCGCCGCUGGAACGCGAGGACAGCGGGACCUUCAGUUUGGGGAAGAUGAUAACGGCUAAGCCUGGGAAAACACCGAUUCAGGUAUUACACGAGUAUGGCAUGAAGACCAAGAACGUCCCGGUUUAUGAAUGUGAAAGAUCCGAUGUGCAAGUAAACGUACCCACUUUCACCUUCAGAGUAACCGUCGGUGACAUAACUUGCACAGGCGAAGGUACAAGUAAGAAGCUGGCGAAACAUAGAGCUGCUGAGGCUGCCAUAAACAUUUUGAAAGCCAAUGCAAGUAUUUGCUUUGCAGUUCCUGACCCCUUACUGCCUGAUCCAUCCAAGCAACCAAAGAACCAGCUUAAUCCUAUUGGUUCACUACAGGAACUGGCUAUUCAUCAUGGUUGGAGACUUCCUGAAUAUACCCUUUCCCAGGAGGGAGGACCUGCUCAUAAGAGAGAAUAUACCACAAUUUGCAAACUAGAAUCAUAUAUGGAAACUGGAAAGGGAGCAUCAAAAAAACAAGCCAAAAGGAAUGCUGCUGAGAAAUUUCUUGCCAAAUUUAGUAACAUUUCUCCAGACAACCACAUUUCUCUAACAAAUGUAGUAGGCCAUUCUUUAGGAUGCACGUGGCAUUCCUUGAGAAAUUCUCCUGGAGAAAAGAUCAACUUACUGAAAAGAAGCCUCCUGAGCAUGCCAAAUACAGACUACACUCAGCUGCUAAGUGAAAUUGCCAAGGAACAAGGUUUUAACAUAACCUAUUUGGAUAUAGAAGAACUUAGUGCCAAUGGACAGUACCAAUGUCUUGCUGAACUGUCAACCAGUCCUAUCACAGUCUGUCAUGGCCUGGGGAUCUCCUGUGGCAAUGCGCAGAAUGAUGCAGCUCACAAUGCUCUGCAGUAUUUGAAGAUAAUAGCAGAAAGAAAAUAAACUUGGGGCAACUUAAAAAAUUAGGUAUAAAAAGCUCCUCUCACCAGUUUCCAAGUAAAGCAUUUACUGUAAUGUGAGUUUGUUGUUUCCAAAUCUUUUCAGAUUCCAUCAACAUUCCAGAUCAGUUAUCUCCUCGUAGUGAUUACUAAACUCUUUUUAAUGGCUUCAA